AUGGAUCUGGCAGCAGCUGGCAUGUUGGAGGAAGAUGCGGCGGCCGCGCAGCUGGGCCGUGAUGACUUGGAUGCAACCAUCCGGCUUCGCCCCUCUGAAGACAGCCUGAGCCACCUGGAGCUGCAGCUCCACGUCAGCCUCCCCCGCGCGUACGGCACAGCAGCACCCCCGCAGGCGGCUGGUCCAGGGAUGUCGUCAUUGCCACUGGCGGAACCGCCGGAUAGGGCGGCGGCGGAUGUGGGUCGCCCUUGCCUUCACGAGCUCUGUGAAAGGGCCCAAGCCGCCCUAGAUCAGUGGGCGGCGGCGGAGGGGGCCCCGGAUACGCGGGAGGGAGUAACGGAGCCGGAGGCGGAGAUGGAGGGGUCGGCAGCCGCAGCAAAGCUGCCGGCAGCGGGUGAUGGCGGUUGUGGCGCUUGCGGUAAUACGGCGGGGCUGCAGGUCCUGUUGAUACGUUUGGAUCACAUGCACAACCGGGCACUGUACGGCAAAAUAAUUGGAUCCUGGGUUCGGGAGCUGCGGCUGACGGGCCGUCUGAUCUUCCAGAAAAAUCUUAUUCUGCUGCUGCUGGAGGGUGACGGCGACGCGUUGCGAGAGUACCUUGUACGGCACCGUACGGAGAGCGUGGACGUCGAUUCCAGAGGGCGCAAGUGCAAGGAGCGCAUGAUGAACGUUGUCGUACAACAACCGGUGAGGCCAUCGAUGGAGGUCCCAGGGGGCCGGCAGUGGCAGCGGCAGCGGCAGCGGCAGGGGGGUGGGGGUGGGGGCGGCGGGGUUUGCCUCACCACCACCACCACCGACUGUGGCGGCAGUGGCGGCGGCGGCGGCGAGCACGUAUUUUCCAACUACAGGGAGGUUCAGUUGGAGUCGUUGGCCGAGGUGGGGGAGCUGCUGACGCGGGCGGGUCUGGGGAGUUGGCUACGGCAGGCGGCGGGGCUGCCGAAGGUCGGCUGGACGGACGUUUUUGCGCAGUGGAUCCAAUCCGGGGGAGGGGCGAGCUGCACAGUAACUGUCAGCAUGGCAAGCAGUCGCUGGCGGCGGAGUGGGGAUCCCGGCGGCAGCGGCGGCGGUAGCGGUGGCGGCGGUGGCGCGAUAGGGCCCUCGCUCGACGACUCCAGGGAAAAACUGAGCGAGUGGCAGCUCUUCACGCUUCAAACGUCGGCUGUACUCCGGAAGAAUGCGACGUUGCAGAGACGUGCCUGGGCUCAGAACCUCUGCCUGCUGGGGCUCCCCCUGCUGUUCUGUGUAUUGCUGCUGGUGCUACAGCGGCUGGUCAACUCGCAGUUGGGUUCCAGCGACGAGUAUCGUUGCGGCUGCAAGUGCCUAGACUGCUGUGACUGGGUUCCUGCUGGAGAAGGAGUGCAAGGUACGUGUGUACGGCAUAUCGUCUACGGCAUGAUAAGGAAAGGCGCGGAGAAGGAUUCCGCCGUUGGCCGCAACCUCAGUGCGCGGGUGCUACCCGCGGGCGGAGAUCGGGGUAUCGGACCGCGCAUCUUGAGGGCGGCGGAAGCCGUCUCCGCCCUUACCCAAAUCCUAUCUGAUUACGAUUUUCUGUUGGGUACGGCAACUGAUGCGCCGUACACGAAUCUGCUGGAGCCGGCGCUCAUUGUAGGGUCGCGCGUUCUGGGCGCUACAACCGGCACCGGCAGUAGCAGCGUCGUCCGCGGCGGCGGCGGCGGCGGCGGCCAUCUCCUUGGCGGUGGCGGCGGCGGCGGUGCCGCCGCCAGCGAGCCAGGAUUCUUCACUGACCCAGCGCAGGCUCUACCGCUGUACCACCUGUCCCGCAACUGCUCCGCCCUGACUUCGACUGACCGGCUGGUCCUCAACCAGCUGUCUUGCGCACUCAGUAGGGGCUUGGGACUGCCCCAGCUGCGAUGCGCUACCUGGCAGCCUGUCGUACAGCCCAGCGCCGCCGCCAUCGAGCGGGAGCUCUUCUGUGGCUGGGCGGGGACCAACUGCGUUGGCGGCGGCGGCGGCGGCGGCGGCGGCGGCGCCGUCAGCUUCUCCAAUGCGACGGCUCCUGGAGGUGUUGUUGGGCGAAGGAUGCUACUGCAGCAGCAUCAACAGGAACAGCAGCAGCAGCAAGGGCACGCGCCUGCGCCCUCUCCGAUAAUGGCAUCGCCGACACCUCCAUCAUCGUCACCAUCAUCAGCAUCAACAGAGUCAGGUGUGGCUGGAAUUAAAGGUACGGCACUUGGUACGGCGAGGAGUAACGGGUCGUCGCCAGCUGCCACGACAGCGGCGAAGAAGAUCGAAACCGUCAGCGAACGCAUCGUGCAGUAUCCAAGCGCCGUGUACGACUGGCGGAAGAGCGGGCCCAUGGGUCUUGAUCUUACAAUCUGGGUCAACAACAGCGAUGUUGGGGCAAGCGUGGCGCCUCGAGUGCAGCGUUGGCCAGCGGCCAUCAACGCCGCAAGCAAUGCUUGGAUGUCUGCUGCAGCGGCGGCGCGGGGCCAGGCCCAGGCGUGGGUGAUACGAUUGGCAGGUAUCAAGGGUUUCCCGACCCGCGGGUCACCUCUCCGUCUGGAUUUGGCCUCCCUGAUGGGCCCCCUGUUCUUCAUGUGGGUCAUGCAGCUGCUGCUGCCGACGUUCGUCCAUUCCCUGGUUUCGGAGAGGGAGAGCGGAGCGCAACUGCUAAUGCGGCAGCAGGGACUGCGAGCCGCACCCGCUGCACUGGCAUCAUAUUGCUGGUUCGUGGCGUUGUACGGCGUCUACAUGUCGGUGUUUGUGGGUUUCGGAGCGGCCAUCGGGCUCAACAUCUUCACCAAGACCGGACCCGGAGUGCAGGCGGUGUUGUACCUGGUGUGGGGUCAGACAAUGAUCUCUUGGGCCUUUUGGUUCGCGGCGUUUUGGGGAUCUGCGGGCGCCGCCACGCUGGCGGCCACCAUCACUGUCGUGCUGACGGGCCUGGUAGCGAACAUGAUUGUGGCGCAGUUCGUGAUGUCGGGUCCCUACUGGUUGGCCACAUUGCUGGAGGCCUUUCCGUCAUUUGCGCUUUUCCGAGGGCUGUGGGAAAUGAGCCAGUAUGCCUUCUUGGCAGCUGCAAAUGGAAGCCCGAAAGGACUGACCUGGUCGAGGUUGUACGACGAAGGCAACGGUAUGACGGUUGCCUGGGCGCUGCUCGCCGCGGUUACAGUUUGGUGCGCCCUGUGGACCUGGUACUGGGGCAAGCUAAACACCCUAAACACCCUAACACCCUAA